AUUGAAACAAUAUCGUGGAAAAUACAUAGGAAAAUUCGCAUUUCCACGUGCCAGAGCGGUUGCAUUCUCAACCGUGCACACACUCCUCGGGAGUAGUUACAGUGAAUGCCGGAAGUACGUGAGUGAUUCAUUUACAGUUGCCCUGUUGUGUCGGUGCAGGUUACGAGCCUUCGAUUUGUUAAGGGGUUUUGCCAUACAAUCAUCUUUCGGUGCGGUCAUCAGUACGGUAAAUCCCUGGAACUUUCUGCACCACCACUUGGGACGCAUCAGCUCACGAUACUAGGGUGGUGAAGGAAUGAAUUUAACAACGGGUGCAGUAGUCAGUGCAAUGGUAAAGUGACGAAAAAAGCUGACGGAAAAAGAAGUUCCAGAACCGCAGACUCCAACCGUAGUAGGUGAAGUGCAAGGGUGUAAAACAUCGCCGACAACGUAAUUGGCAAUGAGCUAAUGAUCUUGAGCAACUGAAAACAUGUCUUGUUAAAAUGUUCGCGGAACAACGAGUGGCGAUUUAAGUUAAAAGAAUCUAGCAGUAAAUAUUCAAAACGUACCUAUAUAGAAAACGCCCCUUCACUAUUGAGGGAUAGGCUCGUGAAUAUAAACGCUAAACAAAGAAUAUCGACACGAGGAAGAAAUACUUUUUUCAAUCGGUGAAUGCUUUUAGUCAUUAAACAUAAUAAUUUCCCGUUUCCUUUGUGGAAGUAACAAAAUUGAAGACACAACAUAAUGGCUGGAAGUAUCAAGCAAGAGGAUGUUUGCUAUGUGGUUGCAAAAUACGAUUAUGAGGCGCAGGGUGCCCAGGAGUUAGAUUUGAGGAAAAACGAUCGUUAUCUGCUGUUGGACGACAGUAAGCACUGGUGGAGAGUACAGAAUACACGUAAUCAGUCGGGUUACGUACCGAGCAACUACGUUAAGAAGGAGAAAAAAUCCGUCUCAUUGUUCGAUAGCUUUAAGAAGAAGGUUAAAAAGGGUUCCGGCAGCAAAACGCUACCCAAUUGCUCACCUUCUAGGCAGGUCGAUAGUCCCACAAUGAGUCGACGGUUACCACCGGAUCCUUCGGAUGCCAUUGCUUCCACCCCGAUAGGAACUGCUAUAGUCAAAUACAAUUAUCAGGCGCAACAGCAAGAUGAACUGUCGCUGACCAAGGGUACGCGGAUAUUGAUACUGGAGAAAUCAAACGACGGUUGGUGGCGUGGCCAGAGUGGCUCAGCGACUGGAUGGUUUCCCAGCAACUACACAACGGAGGAAAACGAAGACGAUACGCUGCACACGUACGCAAUGGCGGAAAAUGUGCUCGACAUUGUUGUGGCUCUAUACUCAUUCAAUUCGAACAACGAUACGGAGCUGUCUUUUGAAAAGGGUGAUCGGUUGGAAAUUCUUGAUCGGCCAGCGGCUGAUCCAGAAUGGUACAAAGCCCGAAAUAAUAAUGGUCAGGUUGGAUUAGUACCGCGUAACUAUUUACAAGAACUGUCGGAAUAUUUGGCUCAACCGUUUCGGAGCAAUGGUAGUGGUCCGGAUUCACUUGAUCGACGACCUAACGAUGCGCAAUCGAACAACAACAACUCCAACACGAACAACAGUAACAACAAUAAUUCCCAGCAACCUGAGAGACCCCAUCUGACCGGGAAAAGCUGGUACUACGGUGCUAUUACACGAAGUCAAUGUGAUACGGUGCUAAACUCUCACGGACACGAUGGAGAUUAUUUGAUUCGCGAUAGUGAAACAAAUCUGGGUGACUAUUCUGUAUCGUUGAAGGCCCCUGGUCGCAAUAAGCAUUUCCGUGUGCACGUCGAAGGUAAUAUGUACUGCAUCGGACAACGUAAAUUUCACACACUGGAUCAACUAGUGGACCAUUACCAAAGAGCUCCCAUUUACACCAACAAGCAAGGCGAGAAGCUGUACCUUGUACGACCGUUGCCGAAAGCGAAUGGUACCUAAGCUCUCGAUAUAGUUGAAUGCAUAAGUCACCUGAUAUUAGCAGGUCGCAGCGACGGAAAAUCGUACUCAUGGUUAACAAACAUGUUGACUAAUUUGACUCAUAGCAUUAAAAAAUGGUACGGCAAAGCGUCGAAAAGCAGAACGAAGUGCUGGUUAGAUAAUGUGGGAAUUUCAAUCGAUUGCUGGGACUAGUUCGUGACAUCGUGGUUUGCCGGUUUGCUUUAGGAUGCAAAGUUAAUUGUUUUAUUUUAUGCUGUGUAUGAAUCUUCUACUUCAUUGAUUUUAGAUGUCGAUUUUUAAAUGUCCUACUGAAUUUUAGUUUUGGUUUGUUUAUGAAUUUUAAUAUCUCCUUGUACUAGACAUGCAUUCAAGACAAGUGUACUUGGGGAGAAAUACGAGUAAAUGAUUAGUUGUGUAUAUGAUAUUUUCUUUAAACCUUUAUGUAUAUUUUUAUUUUUAAACAUCCAAUCUAUUGGCCACUGAGAUCAUUAGGAAUGACCUCUUGGGAUUAAAAUCGUAAGAAUAUGAUACAGCAAAGGUAACACAAAUUGGCGUAUUGAAAGCUCUUCGAAAUGCAAACUCGAUGUAAUGAAUAAUGAUAAUUAUAAAAGUAGUAAUUUAUUUCGAAGCCACUAAGCUUUAGCAAAGGCAGUAGUCGUUUUUAAGUCACUAUAAAAUUGGCUGGGAACUCAAGGUGGGGUAAAACAGUUUUAACCAGGAAUUUAUUCAGCGUUUUUACUACGAUUGAAACUUUUUUUUUAACAAAUAGAGCUCCACGGUAUUGGUUCUAUAGCAAUCAGUAGAUACUAAUUUGUGCAUCCGCUUAGAAUAACUUUUUCUUCAACAUAGACGAAUGAUCGCUGAACGAAGUUUCCGCAUCUCUGGUUGUAGAUACGCCUAUGCUUACACUGAGUGGAAUUCUUAUAUUUAAUUGUAGUUCAAAUGAUAACCAAAGCGGUAAACAAUUCGUUUGCAUAGCCCAUCCAAUUUUUUAUACGCAUUCGAAUAUGGAUACAAGUAUAGGAACCGUACCUACAUUCAAAUAGAUGUGACGUCCAAGUGUGACGCAUUUAGCGACGAUACAUCUUUCCAUCCUCAAAGCAACAAAAUGUAUUUGUUAGAACGCAAAGGGUAGGCAUUUAUUUUGUUCCUGUUCAGUAGAUUCCGCAAAAAACACCCCCAGAGUCUGAACAGGUGUGUGUGUGUGUGAGUAUUGAAGAUAAAUAGAAUAGCAAACAAAAUGCAAAAAAAAAAAAAACAAUCGUACAGACCACCAAUAAAUAGAAAGAAGCGAGUUAGUUUGUGACAUCUAUUCCAUUUUAUCUAUUGGAUAAACUAAUUGUGCCAGCUACUAACUAUCAGGAUAUAGUUUCCACUGUGACUUAGCUCGGUGUCUCGUGCUUUCGUCAUCAGUGGGACGGUGAAGGAUUGGAAAUAAGAUUUGAUUUCGCGACAUGCGGUUACACCACCAGAACAGAAAUCCGGCCACUAGCAAACAAUUCUGAUUACAAGCUCUGCACAUACCACACGCCGUGCUUCAAUGCAAGUUUUGCUGCAGAGCAGCAUUCGGAUAACCUCUCUAUCUGGUUCGAAAGGAAUCAUACUAAAUAUUGGUGCUGUUGUUUCCUCCUUUUUUAAUUUGAUUUUCCGGUUACCCUAAGCUAUUGCUGUAUUAGGCAUAAAGUUUCGCCUUUUACCGUUUUAAUCAGAGUGGUAACUAACGCAAAUAAGCAUACGAAUCAAUGUGACAGCAUUGUAUCUAUAUCCAUACUCGUCCGUGUACAGAAGAUAUGAUAAAGUAGGCUUUGAGAUAGGGUUUCCUCAUAACAUUUAACAAUUCAUUCCUUGCUUACACAGCUAAAUGCAACGUUCACUCAACGUUGCGACGUAUUCGCAUCAUGCUGGUGAAUAUAAUCAGGACAACCACAACCGUAGAAACGGAAGAAACAAUUGACGAAGCAAGCGUAUCUUCAUUCGGCAAACAAACACAACAGCUGUUGUACGCGAAGAGUUGUGCUGUAUUUGGGAGCGAUGGUCUGAUAAUUUUAUACAAGGUAGCACGAUGUGAUGGAAUUAGUAAUUUUGAUACUUCCUUUUUAUAUCGACGACAGAGGGAGAGAAAGAGUGAAAGAGGGAAUGCGAUUUAUUUGAACGAAACACACAUCUCACACCAACGCGGUCUCCGACAGCCGCAAAUGGUGUGUAAAUGUUCUGUCGUGUCGUAGUGUAAGUGUAAAUUGGUGUUGUGAUGCUCUCUAAUUUUCUUCUACCUUCUCCUCAACCUGGCCCCAGAACUACUGCUGUUCAGCCAAGGUAUGUGAUGGAGCUUUGUAGCAUACUUUCUCGUACAACUUUGCCGAGCUCUGUUUGUUAAAUAUAGCUAAACGUUUCGGUUUUAUAUCAAGCACACGCCCGUUCGUUUUGAAACGAUACUCCAUAUGGCGCGUGUAAUCCGCCAUUCCGUAUCGCCAAAACGCAUAACCGAGAUCGAUGUCUUCAAUCAACUCAAUCAAUCCAAAAGCCGCCCGCCGCAGCUGUGGGGACGGCAUACACAAAAUGAGUACGAGCCUACAUAUAUCUUCCGCCAAGCAACGGUGUAUUUGAGUAUCGCCAUUUUUGGGUGUGCUAACGAGUGAGCAAAACAAAAAGUGACAUGUGGAACGUAAACUUUCAUACUAACGAAGCAUUGGCACUAAUUUUUCGUGAGCAACAGUUGAAGCGAAUUAAUCAACGUUAUACAUACAUAUAGCUAAACUAUCUACUUACAUCACAUAACUACAAUCCGGAAUAUAAUAGCAGGUGUAUGAAAUAGAAUAAUGAUAAUCGAAUUUCGCGGACAAUUGCCUUUGGAUGGAAGGUGACUGCAAAGACACAAGAAAUGGGCUACGAAGUGCCAUUUUGAAACCGAUUUAGUCCCUAACAGCAUAACUCGAAUGUGCGUUGUAAAAAAGUACCAACUGGCAGCAUGUUGUUGAGCAUUACCAAGUUUGGCAUGAUAUUACUUUAUUUGCUUGACAUUCACAGACAACAGUGGGUUAAAUGGAGGUGUGUUUGCACAAAGAUUCAAAAUUAUGAAAUUUACAAUACGUAUGUAUUUGUUAUAUUUGUAUGGAAUAUGUUGAUAUGCGUAGUAAGACAGUAGUGCAUGGACAAUUGUUCUGUAUGUCAGAGGUGAUCAACCACCAACAAAGAUAUGAAAGGUUUGGUUUCACCCAUUGGAUUGUUUCUUUAGCUGUCGACCAAAUAUCGUGAGAAAAUCCAUAUUAUUCAGAAUUGGCAAACACCAUUACAAUCAGUUUAAUUUGCUGCCGGUGUUAUUUCGUUUUUUUUUUAUUUUGUAGAACAACUGAACAUAGAAUUAAGUGCAACGUGGGUAGUGAAAAUGUAGAACCUAUUUUCAGCUAAAUACAACACCCGCUAGAAUCUCUUCCGCGUGAAGCAAAUAUCUUUGGACUGGACGUGUUCAACAAUGCAACACCAGUAUGGUGGAUGAUCGAUAGAAUGUCGAUCGACUCCUUCCAAGCGAAUGUUCACCCGUAAAUGUGUUCUAUUCUUUGCUACUUUACAUUCACAUCGUACCGUUAAGGCAUCCAUUAGUUUAAGGUAACGUUUGGAGUGCAUUGCCGAAGCAAUUAUAAUUGCCGUUGGCGACCGUUGACGUUCGACCCAGCACAGCAUGAAACGUAAGGUCAAUGAAGACAGGGAACAGAAAGCAAAACAACAAAUUGAAGGCACGAAAAAUUAGCCACAAAAGCGCAGUGGUUUGCGAUAGAAAUGAAAAAUGAAAUCAUCCUAAUACCAAAAUAUACAAGUAAUAUAGAAUAUUAUAAAAUAAUAAAAUAAAACAGGAAAUAAUUGCAAACGAUCGUGGACGCAACUGUGAACAAAUAAGGAAGGAAAAGUAAAGACUCUUCACAAGCCGAUACGUAGCACGUGGUGUAGCAGUGUUGUUGUGUACGAUUUGAAACGAACGACGUACGGUUUGGUAGCGAAACCAAUGGUAUGAUUCGAUAGUUUAAAGUCAACACUUAUACCAAUCACUGGCACAGACUGGAAACGAGUGAACUAGGGAAGUAUGCGAAGUAAAGACAUAGGCGUGAAUCGAUGAGCAUAUUGUAUAUCGUAAUGA